AUGUCUGUCGACAAAGCCAAAGCGUAUCUAUCCUACGUCUUCCUUCACGAUGGCAUUCCCAUGGACACCCAUAAAUUCUCUCAAUCUAUUGGUGCCAUCACCCAGCGCUAUCUUGGACGUGCGUUAGGCAUGAGAGAUUGGAGGCAGCUCAUGAGCACCAUGCUAAUCAACAUCGCGAAAGUUAACUUUGGUAUUAUCGACGAAGAAGAUGCCCCGCUAUUGGCGAUUCACGAUGCUUUCGGUCAUUCCCAGUCGGUCGCAGAGGCCCAUUAUGCUUUACAGACAACCAAUGCACUCACCGAGAUCUCACACACCGCUGUUUCCUCGAUGCAGAGAGUCAGUAAACGAUGGCACGCAACGAUCGGGCAGUUGGAGAACGGUGCAACGGGCGUCUCCAAUGAACAAUCCUCGGUAACGCGUGAUCAUGAAGAACAACUCUUCGACCGUUUGCUCGGACCCCUGAAGACGACCAUCCACAGCGCAACUCGACAAGCAACCACAUCUAUGGGCGUCGACAUUGUCGACGAGCUCAGGAAUGUCGCAACUGGUGUGGGCAAUGGCCUCCUAAAGGGAAUGGAGGCCAUGUUUCAUCAAUACAUUCUAGCGUUGGGUGUUACUCCCAAGGCACCCCUCGGUGUCCCCCCAACGGCGUCUUUACCACGGAUUUCUGUUCAUCCCAACCUUAUAGAACGCCUACGACCGCUCUUCCCCGGACAACGAAACCCUUCGUUCACCUCACCGCAACAAGCAGAAGUUGUACAGAGUUGCACGACCAGCGACCACGUCGUUUGUGUCAUGCCAACCGGCAGCGGGAAAAGUCUAGCAUUUUUUGCUGCUCCCAUAUUACACCCCGCCAGUUUAUUCAUUGUUGUCACUCCCCUAGUCGCCUUGACGGAAGACUUGUCGCGUCGUUUGGCAAGUACUACCAUUCCCGGUGGACAGUAUCAUCACGUGAAAGACGUUUUAACGGCACAGAUAGUUAUCGUAUCGGCGCACCAAGCAGGAACGGACGAGUUCUACCAAUGGGCAAACUCCAUGAGUUAUAGACUCAGGCGUGUUUUUAUUGAUGAGGCGCACCAUGUUUUCACUUCGGACGACUAUCGCCCGUGCUUCAAACUAUUCCACUUGAUAACUCGCUUGAAGAAACCGAUUACCUUUCUCACAGCGACGAUGUCACCCCAGUCUUUAUCGAGACUGUGCACUGAAAUGCAAAUCCCACCCACCAUGGUCCGCGUCAUCAGAGCUCCGUUACAUCGACCUAACAUACAUUACUCUGUCAUCAAAGUACCUGUGAAAGAAGUCAUCCAGAAGUUUACCGAUGUCUUCAAUUCGACCGUUCUCAACGCAAUGGACAGGGGCAUUAUAUACUGUACGAGAAUCGACCUCAUCAAGGAUCUCGCCAAAACUCUCGGCAUUCCAUACUACACCAGCAAACUCGAUGAUCAGCUGGACGAGCGCGCAAACACACAGGAGAAGAAACGAAGAUUCCAAGCCUGGCGCGACGGUAGCACACCCAAGGAGAGAUGGAUGAUCGCAACACUUUGUUUUGGCGAGGGGAUCGAUUUUCCUGGAGUCCGGGUUGUCAUCCAUCUAGAGGUGAAUAAUAUGCUACGGUUCUUGCAAGAGACCGGUCGAUUAGGAAGGGACGGGCUCCCCUCGUCUUCUGUUUUGAUUUACAGCAAACUGCCACUGUACGGCGAGCCUGACAGAGACGAGCAUCUUGGCGUACUUCCAAUGAGAGAGUUCAUUCAGACGGAUGGCUGUCGUCGCCUCACGUUUCAACAUUUUGACCCUGACGCUCACUCGUGCUCAUCAUUCGCCGGUACUCUACUUUGUGACAACUGCCAGUUCAUGAAAAAUUCUGCAGACGUCACUGUUAGGCAGGCUCUCUGGCUGCCCCGCGACACACCAUCGCUACCCACACCCAACAGAUAUCCCGCAUCAUCCUCCGGAACUGUACCGAACCCUACAAAUCAUCAACCGCCCGCCACUGAGCAUUUAACUGUGAGAGCAGUGGGGGAGGCCAUCGAUUCACAGUACUCUUCGGGUAUUGAGCAGCUGCGCGUGCUCAAGCACAUCAUCGAAGUCAUAGUCGCAUCUGGUUGCAUCGAAUGUUGGGUCAGCAACCAACACGAACUGCAUGCCCGCAAGCAUCCAAACCUUGCAGGCGUGGGUUCCAAGGCCUCGUCGCUUGUCUGCCUCAGGCGUGCGGACACGACAUAUUGGCCUUUCUGUUACAUGUGUUGGAUCCCAUUUCGUGAACCAUGCCAACAUCCGCCCCUCCAAGAAGGCUCCUUGCGCGAUCAUCAAUCAUGUCCCCACGGUGCCAAGUUUCCAUCUAUCCUUCCCCAUGCGAUCUGCGCCAUCUACUCUCAGAAGGGUUCUAUUAACAACCAUACGAAGAAUCCUUAUUUAGAUAAGAUAGCCCAGCACUUGGGCGUCGACGUCAGUAACUUCGCCAACUUGGCCGCUCUGCAGAAGUGGCUCACUCAUCACCCCACGCGUGCUGACGAGAUCCCCCGGUGCCACGCCUUCAUCAUUGCGUUUUACAAGGAGUUUCGUAUGCUACCUACACCCUCCACUAACGAUGUGCAUAUGACGGACGUUCGAACGCAUGAUUAA